AUGAUCGAUGGAUUUCUAUUUGCUAAACAAGGACUUUUUCUUGUACCAUCAGUAGCAUUUCGAGACCAUUCAUCAACAUCGAAUUCAUUGUCAUCUGAUUGGAUUUUGUAUAAUCAAGGAUGGUACUACGAAGAAAAUCCUGUUCAAACAUUAUUAAUGGAAAAAACAUUAGAACUUAUUGUUCAAAAAGAUUUAGAUCGGAAUCGUAUUAAAAUGUUUACUGCUGAAGGUAAAAAAAGACAAGAUGUAUGUAUUGAUGGACUUAAUCGAGAAAUGUGUGCUCGAACUGAUGAUGUUGGUCGUAUUAAAAACACUUUUAUAAUGACUAAUCAAGAAAUUGAAUUAUUCCGUCAACCAGGCGGUAAUGGUGGUAAAGUACUUUUUCAAGUAUCAGUACCAAAUAGAAAUCUUUAUGCUACUGGUGAAAUUUAUUUAUGUGAUGAUCAUGGAAUAACAUUUAUUAGUGAUAUUGAUGAUACAAUUAAAAUAACACAAGUAACAUCAUCUAUACAAACAUUAAUUAAUACAUUUAGUGGAGAAUUUAAACCUGUUUCGGGUAUGGCAGAUAUAUAUCGAUAUUGGGAAAGAAAAUAUAAUGCAACAUUUGCUUAUUUAACAGCAUCACCAGAUCAACUUUAUCCAUUUUUAAAAGAAUUUUUUGAUCGUGAACAUUUCCCAUCAGGUUCUGCACAUAUGCGUCAUUUUACAUGGCUAGAUGUAAAUUUUAUAACUUUUUUUAUGUCAUCAAAUUAUAUAAAGAAAAAAACUGAAACCUUACUUAUGUUUUUACAAAAUACAAAACAUCGUUUAUUUAUUUUAAUUGGUGAUAUAUUUCAAAAAGAUCCAGAUAUUUAUGCAAGUAUUUAUGCUCAAUAUCCUAAUCGAAUAGCACGAAUUUUUAUUCGAAAAUAUAAAAAUGAUAAUGAUGGACAACAAAGACUUGAAACUAUAUUCAAAGAUAUACCUCGAACGAAAUGGGCAACAUUUGAAACCGGUGAUGAUUUACCUAAAGAUAUAUUUAUGUAA